ACCAAGCCAUCCUUGCCCCCACGGCCCGCAGGAACGAGAAACCCACCCAGCAAAGGCACCGGCAAGCAAGCAAACCAAGGGUCAGGGGAGCCAUGGCGAAGCCUAGCGGCGGCGGCGGGGGCGGCCUCCUGGACCUGGAGAGGCACUACGCCUUCUACGGCGCGUACCACAGCAACCCCGUCAACGUGGGCAUCCACGAGCUCUUCGUCUGGCCCAUCCUCCUCACCGCGUUCCUGCUGCUCCACCUCACCGCCCCGUUCGCGCACGCCGCCGGCAUCGCCGCCGCGGUCUACGGCACCUACUACUUCCUCCUCGACCGCCGCGCCGGCGCGCUCGGGGCCCUCCUCUGCUUCCUCUGCUGGGCCGCCAGCGGCGCCCUCGCCGCCCGCCUCGGCUUCUCCGUCGGAUGGAAGGUUGUAUUGGUGGCUCAGUUGGUCUGUUGGACUAUGCAAUUCAUUGGUCAUGGAGUUUUCGAGAAGCGAGCGCCUGCUCUCCUUGACAAUCUUGUCCAGGCUUUCUUGAUGGCUCCAUUCUUUGUGCUGCUAGAGAUUCUUCACACAUUUGGUGGGUACGAACCAUAUCCUGGCUUCCACGACAAGGUGAGCAAGAUGAUCGAGAAGGCUCGGAAGGAAUGGGAGGACAAGAAUUCGAAGAAAUCAUCAUGAGAUGUGCGUGAUUGGACAGCACCAAUUUCUAGGCUUGCCUGCUCGACAUGGACCUGCUGGAUCGGAUGAACCUAUACCAGGGAUGAUUACUGAAUACAGAUGCUAUUUAUGUUGUAAGUUGCGGACACUCAGUUUUCUGUUGUGUAUAUUUUACUGGAGAUAAACUGAAUAAUAUAUGUAUACUCAAAUGUUAGUGGUGGCGCAUGUUAGGUCAGAGCUUGCUUGGCACUAGAUUACUUUGCUGCUGUUGUCAAAUGUUGUGUUGUAGUACUUCACUUCAAAAGAAAAAUGCUGUGUCAUACCGUAA